AUGGCAGUGCACCAUGGUUUGGCAAACGACGUGGCGGAGUGUGUGAAAGACUUUGCCACAAACAUGUUGCAGCUCGAGCAAGCCCGUGUGACACUGCACGAGGACGAGUGUGGGCAUCUUCUUGUGGACAGGUGCGACCCUCAGGCCAACUACUAUUGCAGCAACAACUGUCGGUUUCAUAGCCACAGAGCUGAUUGUUACCGACCGGUUGAAGAUGUGAUGGCUGAACAUCCUGGAGUGGACGGCUACUGCUGGUUCAACGGCACGGCCGGAUGGCUAAUGUAUGCAGGUCCAGAUCCCAACUUUGAGGAAGAAGCUGCAAACGGCGUCCUCGUUUUGAGGGAUCCGUCCUACAAGGGCCUCAACACGGGAAAGCUCAUCACUUUCAGGAACUUCGAGGGCGUGGCCAAUCUCACGACGUAUGCGGACUGUAGCCACUACAUCUACGAUGAUCUCUAUGCCUACUCCUUGGGCUUCUUGCAAGGGCAAGGGCUGGAUCCGGCUUGGAUGAAGAACAGCUCGCUGUGGAUGGCUCUCUCCAAGAACAAAUGCGAUGAGAUUCAGGCCACUUACAACUUCUCCAGGGAAGAGCUCGUUCUCGCCGAUUGGCUCGACUGGAACCCUGUGAUCGCAGUCAUGACGAUGUGCACCACGGACGAUUAUCUCUAUCCUGGCAGUUCCAACCCAGAGAUCAACAAGAUGGCUGGCGAAGCAUCAGGGAUUGUCGCCCUGUCACGCACCGUGACUUUGCCAAGCAUCAUUAUGUCAAGUGUCUCCUCGGUUAUCGCAACAGCGCUGCCGACAUGGCGUACCUGA